AUGAAGAACUUUUGGGCGUUCUUCAUCGUCGCGGCUUUGGCUACAGAGUCUGUGAUGGCGGUGUCAGUGAGCAGCCCGACGAAGCGCUACGUGGUCAUCCUGUUCCAGCCUGUCACGCUCACGUGCAAAUUCCAGACCACGGCCACGCAGGCGCCGGUGGUCACCUGGCGCUACAAGUCAUACUGCCGUGACCCGGUGCAGGCGGCGCUCAACCCCAGCAACGUCGACAACAUCCUGUCGCAGAACAACCCCAACUACGACCCCAACAUCGAGUGCGCCGACAGCCAGCGCACGGUUCGUAUUGUGGCUUCCAAACAAGGUAGCGCUGUCACGCUAGGCACAGAGUACCAAGGACGCAAGAUUAGCAUAAUCAACGACGCCGACCUGAACAUCGCACAGACGGCUUGGGGUGACAGCGGCGUCUACGUGUGCUCCGUCAUUUCCUCGCAGGACCUGACGGGCAAUGGAGAGGACUAUACAGAACUCAUUGUUUUGGAGAGAAAGUCAAAUGCUACUGACCUGCUGCCUGGCAUUGACUUGCUGGUUAUGGAAGAUUGGCUGCUCGUGGUGGUGGUGGUGUUGGCGUUCCUUCUCCUGCUGCUGCUGAUCGGCAUUUGCUGGUGCCAGUGUUGUCCGCAUACGUGCUGCUGUUACGUCAGCUGCCCCUGCUGCCCAGAUAAAUGCUGCUGCCCACGGGCACUGUACGAGGCGGGUAAAGCGGUAAAGAAAGGCGUGACCAACCAUUACGCUACCACCGUCUACGCCCCUAGCAUGUACGCCCAGCCGGCCUACGGGGGGCCACUUGUCCAGCAGCCCGCUAUGCCGAUGCUCCCGCUGCCGAAGGGUGUUGGUGUGCCGCCCUCGCAGAACGGUUACGGACGAGAGUAUGACGGCACCAGCUCUGUGGGUCAAGGCUCCCAAGUUCCUCUGCUGCACGACCAAGAUGGCGUGGGUGGCGACCAUACUCGGAGUGGCUACCGCAUCCAGGUGGACCCUGACGGCAAUGCUACGCGGGCUAUUUACUACAUGGAGAGAGAGCUCGCCAACCUAGACCCGUCCAGACCCGCCAAUUACAACCGCUUGGACAACGUGAGCGAAGUGACUUCGCUGCAUGACAGCGCCGACCCGCGCUCCCGCGGCGGUCGAUCUCAACCGCCGCCGCUGUCCACGGUUUACGACGACGACGAAGGCAUGAGCACGAUCAGCAGCGUGUCGCAGCACGUGCACCGUCGCCAGGAUGACCGGCGUGGCUACAUGGACGAUCGAGCUCGCGCCCGUUCCAUGGACAACCUGGACGACAUCGGCCGUCGCUACGGCCGCGACGACUAUCUGCCGCGGCGACGUGCCGACGAACCUAGAGGGAGGAGAGGCUCUGAUGACGAAUGGAGCAGCAGCGGCCGCGCCGGCUACGACAGAGACGAGCGUCGACGCCGCGACUACUCCCCGGACGACUACCGAAGAGGCGGCGGGGGCGGUGGGUACGGAGCCCUUCCGGGGAGACGCAGCCGAAGUCGCGACGACCUGAUGGACCUGGAGAGGGACCGGAGACCGGGCGGCGGCCGUGACAGGAGAGACGACUACGACGACAGUUUCCUGAGAGAGGCCAUGGAGAGGAAGAGGCUGGGAGAGCAGCAGAGGGCCCGUAGCCGAGACCGACUGGAGAGCGAUGGCGAGCGCUCUGACCGGGGGAGGGCACCGGCGGCCCGUGGGCCACCCCCGCUGCCUUUGAAUCCGCCAGCAGGACCCGGCGGUCUACCGCCGCCCUACAGUGACGAUGAGAGCAUGACAUCAUCUAAGAAAAGCAACAUGCGCAAAAAUGGAGCUGUGAGCCGUGAGAGCCUCGUGGUGUGA